ACAAAAAAACUCAAAGGUUAGUGUGCUUACUCAAAGGUUUGGAAUAGUGUGAGCUCACUCUCAUGUUACUCUCUUGGAUGUCUUCUGGUCGACUGCCAUCAUGAACCUGAAGCUCCUCUUCUUUUGUGUCUUCUUAGCGGUGCUCCUCACACCUGCUGAAUUGAAACAUAAAAAAGACAAACAUCAGGAAUCUUCACGUCAUGGAACCGGCAAACACGAGAAGAAGAAACACAGAGGUCGGUUUGAGGAUAUACGUGAGGACUUCUUCUUUAGGGUCUCGGAUGAUGAGGAUGAUGAUGAUGACCACCGUAAUUCAGACUGGCUUUUGGAAAUUCAGGCCUUAGACGGCCGGUGUACCCCAAAUCCUUGCCUUAACAACGGUGUGUGUAAGGAGAAAGGCAGGAGGCACUUCAAAUGUGACUGUCCCAAACCUUUCAAGGGAAAAAAAUGCGAGCGAGGUCCAGCAAUUUGUAAAAGAGGUGGAUGUGGGCAUGGUGAAUGUGUGCUGACUUCAACUCCUCCAUACUACCAGUGCAAAUGCAAGGAACCCUUUCAGCCUCCAGACUGCAGAACUGUUUCACUGUGUCAGCCUAAUCCAUGUAGAAAUGGUGGCACAUGCAACAGGGAUGGAAAUGACUUUGACUGCCACUGCCCUGAAGGGUUCAGAGGACGUUUCUGCCAUGUUGGUCCAAACGACUGUUAUGUGGAUGAUGGAGAAUCAUAUCGGGGGAAUGUGAGUGAGACAGAUGAUGGUGAUGAGUGCCUCUACUGGAACUCACACUUCAUCCUGGCAAGCGGUGUUAAUCCCUUCACCUCCUUUGAGGACUCGGACGGUCUCGGUCCUCACAACUUCUGCAGAAACCCGGAUGGAGAGCCAAAGCCCUGGUGUUUUUUUAGAAGAGGCCGCAUCUUAAUGUGGGAUUACUGUGAUGUGAGAAAAUGUCCUAAACCGACAAGUAAGACGCCAACUGAGGUUGUCCCUACGCAUCCUCAACCACCGCAGCCUGGACCGACACACCCUCAACCACCACAGCCUGAACCCACAAAGCCUCAACCACCGCAGCCUGAACCCACAAAGCCUCAACCACCGCAGCCUGAACCCACAAAGCCUCAACCACCGCAGCCUCAACCCACAAAGCCUCAACCACCGCAGCCUGAACCCACAAAGCCUCAACCACCGCAGCCUGAACCCACAAAGCCUCAACCACCGCAGCCUGGACCCACAAAGCCUCAACCAACUGCUAAGUUGCCAACACCUGCCAUACCACCACCUGGGAAGCCCACCGAGGCACCAAAGCCUUCUGCACCAUCUCUCACCCUCGCUCCUUUACCAACACAAUUUGCCACCUGUGGUAUACCUCAGCCAAAAAAGGCUCUUACCCGAAUCUUUGGGGGUCUGAAAGUCAGUCCAGGGGCUAUACCCUGGCAGGUUUCUGUGCAAGUGAAGCCAAAGGGCUCCUCUCUCCCAUUUAAUCAUGUCUGUGGAGGAAUUCUCAUUGCAAGUUGCUGGGUGCUGACAGCUGGACACUGCAUUGAGCCAAACAAGGACAUGCAGGUGCUUGCGGGAAGUCUGUCACUGAGUAAGCCAGACCUCGGAGCUCAAAUCAUACCAGUUCAAAAGGCUACUAAACAUGCAAACUACAGGGAGACGUCUGCAGCUGUUUACAAUGACAUAGGCUUGUUGAAGCUGAGUGGGAAUCCUGGAUUUUGUGCCAAUGAGACCCAGUUUGUGAAGACAGCCUGUCUACCAAAUGCGCAACUACCUGAUGGGACAGAGUGCAAAAUUUCUGGAUGGGGUGCUACUGAGCAAUCUAAUCUUGGUUCCAACCACCUGCUGGAGGCCAAUGUCCUGCUGAUCAACCAGGAAAAGUGCUCCGAACCUGUUGUUUAUGGGAAUAUCCUGGGCAAUUCCAUGUUCUGUGCUGGCUACCUGGAAGGAGGGGUGGAUUCCUGCCAGGGGGACUCUGGAGGACCACUGACGUGUGUGCAGAACAACGCUAAUGUUGUUUAUGGUGUGGUGAGUUGGGGAGACCAGUGUGGGAAGAAGAACAAGCCUGGGGUCUACACACAGGUCACUCAUUUCCUGGACUGGAUCAGGGCAAAUACUGAAGGAGCAAUUUCAUCAGCAACCCCUAUUUCUCAUUAGUAAGCCAGCCAGAUCUCCAAAUAGACCUAACUUUUCCUAAAACGUAAUCAAAUUAAGAUUAUUCAGACUGAUAAAAAAAUGUACUGCGCAUUAGUUGAAUGUGUUUCAUCGGUUACACGUGAAAGACGGGAAACCCUCAUUGCUGAACAUCUUGAAAACAUGAUCCCACGUUAUAACAAAAAUGAUACAUGCAUGGAAAAGAUUCAAAGUCUUGAAUUGCCUGAUUAAACAAGCAAAGUGUGUUUCAGUGGCUGUAUAUGUAUGGAACAUAAGAAACAAAAAAACGGGAAAGGAAAUCUAACAAUAAGAAGAUAUAUCAUGUUUCCUCUAGAAAAUGGGGCAAGCUGCAUCAGUGAUGAGGCUCCCUGAACCGAAAAUGUCCUAAAGUUGUAACAGAAUAUUUACAUAAUGAAAAUAAAUGCUCCUUCUUUCUGUCGUGCUUUGUUGUGCCUGAAUGUCCUCAGCAGGCUCAAGGGUGGCUGAACUUGCAACAAAACCCCUGAUCGGUGCAUAAUGUUAAAAAAAAAAAAAAGAGCUACAUUUACUAACUGUGCUGAAUGUGGACUUUCAGAUUGUGUCUUCUGCAGAAAGGUAUUUAUGCACAACAAGCAAAAGCAUGACGCACAAAUAAUUGCGUAAAUCA